AUGUCUUCCUGGAACAAUGUGGCAUGCGAAGUUCUGGGUUGGUUCAUUCUUGCUCUCUGGUCUAUCAGUCUCUACCCACAAGUCAUAGUGAAUUUUCGCAGGAAAAGUGUUGUGGGUUUGAGCUCUGAUUUCGUGGUGUUCAAUCUGGCUACGCAAAUCUUGUAUCUGGUAUGCAACGUAGCUAUGUUCUUCAGCCCUGAGAUUAAGAAGCAGUACACGGACGAAUAUGGUCACCACAAGAUGAUUGUUGCUGUAACAAGUCACGUUGCCUUCUCAAUUCAUGCUGUUGUGCUCACAACGAUCACCUUGUUCCAAACUGCAAUCUAUGAAUGUGGAGAUCAGAAAGUGUCCAAAAGAGCCAUAAAUAUUUUGCCUCUUGCUUGGUCAGCUAUCACAUUCUCCUUCUUCAUAGCUAUGCUUGAAAAUCAAUGGGUCUGGUUUUUCUCAAUCUUCAAUGAUCUGGCAAGUUCUCAAAUCUCAGAUUCUAAGAAGCAGCUCCGCGAAGAGAUAGACAAUUAUAUCUUUUCUCUGGUUAUUGUAACUUUUGACGUUAUAUUCAUGAUUCAGCAUUUUGUAUUAUAUGCACCCAGAGAUGAUAAUGAAGACUCAAACUCAGAGACCCCUCCUUUUGCCGAUGCUGAUGGAACAAUGACUGAGAAUGUGUAG